AUGUCCAGUGUUGACUGCAAACGGCGUGGUCUGUUGGCUGGUGCCUGUGCGAACUGCAUAUGGCACUCAAGGGGCGCGCAAUGUGAAUUUUACGGUGGCAAGUCGGCACAUUGGGACAGCGAAAUGGACAUGACGGUUCUUCAGCAAGGUGGCCUCCGGGCCAGCAGCACCAGCAGCAAUGGCGCGUAUCGUACAGUGAUUGUCAAUAAGGAGGGUUGCUUCUGGAUGGAAGCCCCGAAACAUGACGACCGCCCCCGUGCCCUACGUCAGAAGGGAAAAAGAGCAAUCGAGAAAAAAAAGGCGCAUAAGACGAAAGUGUGCAAGAUGGAUUCGUCCAUCGAAAUAUUGCAGACCGAAGUCGAUCGGCUGGAGAAGACCGCCGCUGCCGAAGAAGCGGAAGUUGCUCGCAAGCGCACGAAGGCCCAGGAGCUCCUCAAGGCCAUCAAGGCGAAGGAAGAGGAAAAAGAGAAGAAGGAGAAGAAGGACAAGAAGGGAAAGGAGGGCAAGGAAGGCAAGGGCAAGACUGGUGCCUUGGUUUUGAGAUCCAAAGAAAACGAGAUGAAUAUGGAAUGGACCGAAUCGGAUUAA